AUGACCGUCGAUUCAACUGAUCGGCGAGACUUCGUCGUGAAAAUAAACGGAGAAGAGAGCGGAGCCGUCGGUGCUACAGGAUCAAGCAGCAAUGCAGAAGGAGGAAAUAUCUGGAGGGAAUCAAGCUACGAUUUCUGGGAUGGAGAAAAGGGUAAGAACGAUGAUAAAGGAGGCAACGGAGACAGCGGGAGUUUCAACUUCACGCGGCGGAAGGCACGGUCGGAAUCCGGUGAAGUAGCUGAUCCGCCGGCGAAGUUAGUCGAGCAGUUUCUUCAGAAGCAGAAAACUGCCGCCGGAGAGAUCUCUCUCGAUAUGGAGCAAGUUAACAUGGCAGACCUCCAGAGCAACACGCUGCCAAGUGGCUUAACUCCGAUCUCAGAAUCAUCUUCUCCGUUCACGGCCAAAGGAAAAGCCGACGCGGUGAGACGUAGGCAGAACAGAAUAUCACUCGGUGGAAGUAGCGACGAUGAAGGCCGUAACUUUAGCAAGAACGAAGCAGAGGUUCUUAGGUGUAGCUCGACGUCGAAACCGAUGCUGAGGAGGAAUCACACGAAAUCAAGAUUGCAGGAUCCUCCAACACCGACACAGGGGACUCCAGCUCGCGGAUCAGCGCUUGACAAAACAGAGAUGAAGUCUGGUCGGAGAAAAUCCGGGUUUCUUGGGAAAAGCCCUAAACAGGGGACUCCAGCUCACGAUGAAGAAGAAGAGGAAGAUCCGUUUCAAGACGAGGAUUUACCGAGAGAAUUCAAAAGGGAUAAACUUAGCUUCUGGGUUUUUCUUGAAUGGAUAAGUCUAAUCCUGAUUAUCACCAGCUUGAUCUGUAGCUUAACCGUACAUAGCUUGCGGCGCAAGACAUGGUGGAAGCUAGAUUUGUGGAAAUGGGAAGUGACGGUAUUGGUGCUGAUCUGUGGGAGAUUAGUCUCGAGUUGGAUAGUGAGAAUCCUCGUCUUCUCGGCCGAGAAGAACUUUCUUGUCAGGAAAAGGGUUUUGUAUUUCGUCUACGGUGUCCGAAAAGCCGUUCAAAACAGCUUGUGGUUAGGGCUAGUGUUGCUCGCGUGGCACUUCUUGUUCGACAAGAAAGUGCAAAGAGAGACUAGGGCCACUGCGAUUAGGUACGUGACGCGAGUGCUGGUCUGUUUGCUUGUUGCUGUGAUCAUUUGGCUGGUUAAGACGCUUCUGGUCAAGGUUCUGGCUUCAUCGUUCCACAUGAGCACUUACUUUGAUCGGAUUCAGGAAUCGAUCUUCACUCAGUACGUGAUUGAAAUUCUCUCGGGUCCUCCUUUGAUGGAGAUUCAGAGAAUGGAGGAAGAAGAGGAGAAAGUAACAGAAGAUGUCAUAAGCUUAGAGAAACUGGCUGGUGCUAUCUUGCCUCCAGCUCUAAAGGCGACGGUUAGAAGUUUUAUGAAGAAAGAGCCGGGACUGUCUCGGAUUGGUCCUAACAAAGAAGGAAAUAGCGAAGGGAUAAGGAUUGAUCAUUUGCAGAGAAUGAACCAUGAUAAUGUCUCUGCUUGGAAUAUGAAGAAACUGAUGAAGAUAAUACGAAAAGGCGCUCUUUCUACGUUGGAUAAACAUAUAUCGGACACAGUUCAGGAGGAUGAAGACGCUACUCAGAUUAGAAGCGAGUGCGAAGCAAAAAUUGCAGCUAAGGGGAUUUUCCACAAUGUCACUGAGCCUGGUUCCAGGUACAUAUAUUUGGAAGACUUCUUGCGUUUUCUGUCUGAAGAGGAGGCUGAUAGAGCCAUGGCUCUAUUUGAAGGAGUUUCAGAGAGCCAAAGGAUCAGCAAGUCUUGCCUCAAAAACUGGGUGGUUAAGGCGUUUAGAGAACGGAGGGCUCUGGCUUUGACCUUAAACGAUACAAAAACAGCAGUGAACCGGCUUCACCGUAUAAUAAAUGUGUUGAUUAGCAUUAUAAUCAUAAUCAUCUGGCUUCUUAUACUCGGAAUCGCCACGACCAGACUCUUGCUACUCUUAAGCUCUCAGCUUCUUCUAGUAGCUUUUGUAUUCGGAAACUCGUGCAAAACCAUCUUCGAAGCCAUCAUUUUCCUUUUCGUUAUGCACCCAUUUGAUGUUGGUGACCGCUGCGAAAUCGACGGUGUUCAGUUGGUCGUGGAGGAAAUGAACAUAUUGACGACUGUUUUCUUGAGAUAUGAUAAUCAAAAGAUCAUAUACCCGAACAGUGUUCUCGGCACAAAACCAAUAGCUAACUAUUACCGAAGUCCCGAUAUGGGAGAUGCGGUUGAAUUCCUUGUUCACAUAACAACUCCUCCAGAAAAGAUAACUGCUAUUAAACAGAGAAUACUCAGUUAUAUAGACAACAAGAAGGAUCAUUGGUAUCCUGCACCAAUGAUUGUGUUCCUAAACAUGGAUGAAUUACUAAGUAUAAAGAUCGCAGUGUGGUUGACACAUAGAAUGAAUUUUCAAGACAUGGGAGAGAGGUAUAUAAGGAGAGGUCAAUUACUAGAGGAAGUUGGAAAAGCUUGUAGAGAGCUCGAUAUCGAGUAUCGUAUGUAUCCUCAAAGCAUUCAUAUUCGAAGUCUCCCUCCUCCGACUACUCCGGGGGCUUCAGACCGUCUUCCUCCUGCCUGGACGCAUCAACGCGGUGCCUGAAUUGUAUAGAUUGUGGUGAAACGGGAUUUUUCAUUGCGUUAUGCGUUAGCAAUUAUAUGAUUUUUGUGUAUAUAAUAUAUUUAUAUGUAUGUGUGGUUUCGUAAGAGUUUGUAUUUUUUAUUUUUGGUUUUCUUCUAUUCUUGAAGUAGUAAUUGGUGAUGGAAGAAUAAGUAUAAAGUCAUCGAUAUAGGCUCGAAGACAUUGUUGAUCUUGUUCUGAUAAAUGGAAGAUUUGAAAGACGCAGUUACAAGUAAAAAAGCUUACGAUUUCUACAA